AUGUAUCUCCCACUGUCCAUACGUAUCUAUCUAUCUAUCUAUCUAUCUAUCUAUCUAUCUAUCUAUCUAUCUAUCUCUCUUUGGCCAUUCGUAUCUAUCUAUGUAUCUACCCCUUCCAUUCUUCUAUCACUUUCUCUUCAUAUCCCUCUGCUUCUGCCAAUUCGUAUCUCUUUAUCGAUCUUCAUGUCCAUUUGUAUCUAUCUAUUUCUGUCAAUUCAUAACUAUAUUUUCAUUUUUAUCUAUCUGCUCAUACUUAUGGAUCUAUGUAUUGGCCUCCGUUCUUUCGUAUCUAUAUAUCCAGGUUCAUUCGUACAUAUCUACCUCUCUCCCCUAUCCGUAUCUAUCUAUAUCCUUUUGUAUUUGUUACCUGUCAAUUUUGUAUCUAUCUAUAAUAAUUUCUUUCUUUUUUUUAAAAUCUUAACAGCGCCUGUCAUCCAAUUUCCCUACUUCUAUAGCCUUGCUAUUUACAUCAAUCGCCUAUCUUUUCUUCCUCUGCACUCUAUCCACUUCUCUCGAUUAAUCCGCACUUCUUUCUCUCUCACCGCGCGCAUUGAUAUUUUCUUUGUUUAUAAAUCGAUAUUUGACUGUUUGUUUCACGUAUACUUUCUUUGUUUUUCUUUAUUUCUAUUCAUCUUUUUCUUUUCCAUAUAUUCCCCACUUCGUUUGGUUUUCCAUUCUCUUCUAUCUAUCUAUCUUCUAUCUUCCAGAUAUUUCUAUCCAUAUCUCCCCAUUCUUCGACUUCUAUCUAUCAACUAUUCUAUCUAUGACCAUUCAUCUAUCUAUCUAUCGUCUCUAUCUAUCUCAGACCAUUCUAUCUAUCUAUCUAUCUAUCUAUCUAUCUAUCUAUCUAUCUAUCUAUCUAUCUAUCUAUCUCUCUCUAUCUAUCUAUUUCAUUCGUAUCCGAUCUAUCUAUCUAUCUAUCUAUCUAUCUAUCUAUCUAUCUAUGUCCAUUCAUCUAUCUAUCUAUCUAUCUAUCUAUCUAUCUAUUAUCUCUUCUAUCUAUCUAUCUAUCUAUCUAUCUAUCUAUCUAUUAUCUCUGACCAUUUCGCCUUUAUCUAUUUGAAUCUAUCUAUCUAUCUAUCUAUCUAUCUAUUUUUCUAUGACAUUCAUAUCUAUCUAUCUAUCUAUCUAUCCUCAUAUCUAUCUAUCUUCUAUCUAUCUAUCUAUCUAUCUAUCUAUCUACUCUAUCUAUCUAUUUCCAUUUCGAUCUCUCAUCUAUCUAUCUAUCUAUCUCUCUCUAUCUAUCUAUUUCCCAUUUCUUUCUAUCUAUCUUUCUAUCUAUCUAUCUUCUAUCUAUCUCAUUCAUUUAUCUAUCAUCUAUCUAUCUAUCCCCCCUAUCUAUCUCCCCACCAUUCGUAUCUAUUUCUAUCUAUUAUCUUCUAUCUAUCUAUCUAUCUUCGAUAUCUCAUCCCCUUCGCUUUUUCUUUUCCUUUCCCUUUUCUCCUUUCCUCCCCAUCUCUCACCUUAUUUUUCUUUUCUUACCCUGCAUCUUUCUUUUAUCUCCCACCUCUCUACAUCUUUUUUUCUUCCCUUUUUUCCACUAACCUGCAUCUUUCUUUCUUCUCCUACCACCUCCCUGCAUCCUACCUUCUUCUUCUCUUCCUACCAACACCUUACAUUUUUCAUUCAUCUUCUCCUCCUACCACCUUUCUGAAUCUUUCAUCUCCUACCCCUAUCUUUCUUAAUAUUCAUUUCCAUUUUUUAGCCCUCAUUUUUCACCAAAUUGGACUUCUCAAGUAUACUAAAUGUCCGCGUUCCAAACCUUUCUUUCCAGAGUUUUGUUUCUGGCAAUGGGGAAAGUUAACUUGA